AUGGCUGCCAGUAGGGACGACAUCUCUCCACCGCCAAUCAAACGCCGGAAGAUGUCCAACAAUGGUCCUCCUGCGAGAGAGACGUCUGACGUGCAGCUGGAUCAUCUCAGUAUAUACUCUUGGAAUGUGAAUGGCAUAGAGCCAUUGGUGCAGCGGCCAAUAACUUCGUUCUUCGAGCCUAGAGGCAGUAUCCACGGCUCAAAUAGCUCGGCACCGUCGACUGGCCUGAGAGAUGUGCUGCGGCGCUACUCCUGGCCAACCCUGCUCUUUCUCCAAGAAGUCAAAAUCGCGCCUGGGAACGACUCAACAAUGAAAGCGGUCGAGAAGGCGAUACAACCAGAUAUCGAUGAGCCCCCGGGGGCACCCUUGUACAAAGCCUUCUGCUGUUUGCCAAAGGACAACUACAACGCUCGCGGCUUUGGUCGCAAGGUGUAUGGUGUUUGCAGUAUCAUCAGGCAGGGCUUUUUCGACGCCCAUGUCGAGAGGGUACGGGAAGUCGACUGGGAUCUCGAGGGACGAUUUCUGGUUUGCGAGACGAAGGCCAUCGGCUCGCUGCCGAAGCUUGCCAUCGUCAAUCUGUAUGCUGUGAACGGGACAGAUGCUCCUUAUAAAGACCCAGACACCGGCAAGCCAUUUGGAACGCGACACGACCGAAAGUUGCAAGUGCACAAGCUACUGCAAGCCGAGUGCCAGGCGCUCCUGUCCAAAAGUUUCCAAAUCGUACUCGCCGGAGACUUCAACGUGGCUCGCGCCCCAAUUGACGGUCACCCUAACCUGCGGACAUGUCCCAAACAACACUGCAUCAACCGUGCCGACUUCGAGGCCAGAUUCAUCCAUCGUGGUACAGCGCUAGGCGAUGAUUCGGAGGGCGCGGAGAAGAGGGGCGACGGCGACGACCGCGACGGCGGCGAGAGCCUAGGUAUGGUCGACUCGUUCCGACACUUGCACGGCGACAAAGCUGCGUACACAUAUCAUCCGCGCGGAAAGGGAUUCGGGAUGAGUUGUGAUCGUGUCGACAUGAUUCUGACGUCGGCCUCGCUCAGGGAUCAUCUUGCUGAAGCUGGAAUCCACGAGACACCGGCAGAUCGUGGCCCCUCGGACCAUGUGCCGCUUUAUAUAACCCUGCUAUCACAUUGA